AUGGCCGACGACCAUGAACUCCUCUUCGCCAAUCGCAUGAUCUGUGGUUUUUGCUCCAAGGAGCAGCCCUACACCGCCACUCAGCCCUGUAUUGCCUGCCACAAGACCCUCUCCGGAUCCCGCACUGCACACUGGGAGGGCGGCAAGGGUUGUCGUGAUCAGACUAAGAUGUCGCGGAAAGACGCCAAAAAGUACGCCAACAUGAGCAAAACCAAGUAA